UUUCAAUUUGGAUUGUGUAUGCAGCAUGCGUGUAAUGUGUGUGACCCACCAGCAGGCCCAAACACUUCAUUUCAAAAUCUGAAGUCUGUUCUCUCUGUUUAGCUCAUAACACCAUUUUCAGUUCCUCUCUGCAUUGCCUGUUGCUCUUCUAUUUAUGUCCUGUGGAAAGCUGACUGCUGACUGUGGAUUUUUGACUUAGAUGUGCACCUAAACACAUGGGGUCAAGCAGUUUUCUAUGGAACUGUACUAAGAAAUUUGUCACAGCUGCUGUCAUCACUGUGACUGUGUCUGAUCGUUUUGCGACAGUUGUUCCUGUUCGUGGUGGCUCUAUGUCUCCCACAUUAAAUCCUAGAACUGGUUCUCUGAAGGAAGAUGUUUUUGAUGACUAUGUUUUUGUUGAGAAAUUUUGCCUUUUGGGGUACGAAUUUUCAAAUGGCGAUGUGGUGGUCUUCCGCUCCCCAACGAAUCACAAGGAGACACACAUAAAAAGAAUAGCUGCAUUACCUGGUGAAUGGUAUGGCACUCAUCAUAACAACGAUGUGAUUCGGAUCCCAUUGGGACAUUGUUGGGUUGAGGGAGACAACUCAGCCUCUAGCAUUGAUUCAAAGUCAUUUGGACCGAUUCCUUUGGCCCUAAUUCGGGGAAGGGUUACCCAUGUUGUGUGGCCUCCUCAAAGAAUAGGAGCUGUCAAGAGUACUCCACCACAAAGAUUAUCUUCUGUAUCGGAAUAAGGCUAUUUUCGUUUCUUUAUAAUUGUUUAGUUUCCUCAAAUAAUAGGUGUGAAAGAACUACUCAGAAGAAUCUGACGUGGUUCCCUUGGAUGGGAGAAAACGAUUGUUAUUACUGAAUUUGUGUCAAUUACAUAACCUGUUGUUGAUUACUUAAGCUAAAUGCAAAUAAGAUGAAUGAUAUCUUGAGUGCU